GUAGUUGAUUAUUAUUAAUGGUGUCGCAAGGCAAAUUAUAUUGUUGCUUUGAAAAUCCGUUUACUGACGGUGCACUUGUCAAAGAAUGCUCAGUGGAGUGUGAAGAAAUAUUGUGCCCAUCUCCUGUAAGCAACUUUGAGAUAAUUAGUAUGACCGAGCAAAAAGUUUCUCGUCGGAUACUUGAACUUGGUGCAGAUUUAAAAGAACAACUGCGGGAAAAUGUGCCCAUUUUGUGCAGUAUUCUAUAGCUCUCGAUGAAAGUAAAGACAUUUCUGACACAGCCUAAUUAGCUGUUUUCCAAUUUACGAUGACAUGCCCUUUUGUUGUGUUACGCACUGGUUAAGCUGCGCAAAAGUGCUAAAGAUUUUUUUUAAAUCAUUGACGACGUUGAGAUGUUCAUGCAAAUGAGAAUUUUACGAGGCCAUCUUCAGUGCUUUUCAAAACAGAACCGCCGCAGUUCCAAAUGGAGCUGAUUAAGCUUCAAUGCGAU